GUCGAAGUUGAUGCCACCUAUGUUAAACCAUUCAAAACCGAUACAGUCCUAAUUGCCCCAGGCCAGACCACCAAUGUCCUUGUCACGACAAACAAAAAUACAGGCAAGUACUUGGUUGCUGCCUCCCCAUUCAUGGAUUCUCCGAUUGCGGUGGACAACAUGACAGCAACAGCCACUUUGCAGUAUUCAGGAGCACUUGCUAACUCCCCUACAACUCUCACCACCCCACCUCCAAAGAAUGCCACUGCGGUUGCCAACCAAUUUAUCAAUUCUCUACGCAGCCUUAACUCAAGAAAAUUUCCUGCCAAAGUCCCAUUGAACGUUGAUCACAACCUUUUCUUUACAGUUGGUCUAGGAGUUAACCCGUGUCCAAGUUGCAAAGCUGGUAAUGGCAGCAGGGUUGUUGCUAGUAUUAACAAUGUCACAUUUGUGAUGCCAACCACUGCCCUGCUUCAAGCACAUUUCUUCAACAUCAGCGGUGUGUUCACCACUGAUUUUCCUGCAAAGCCACCGCAUGUUUUCAAUUACACUGGCACUCCACCUACAAAUUUACAGACCAAAAGUGGAACCAAAGUUUACAGGCUGAGCUACAACUCGACAGUACAACUUGUUAUGCAAGAUACUGGGAUCAUAUCCCCUGAGAACCAUCCGAUCCAUUUACAUGGAUUCAAUUUCUUUGCUGUCGGUAGGGGAGUAGGGAAUUACAACCCGAAGACUGAUACUAAGAAAUUUAACCUCGUUGAUCCCGUUGAACGGAACACAAUUGGAGUACCUUCUGGUGGAUGGGUGGCGAUAAGAUUUCGCGCCGAUAAUCCAGGAGUUUGGUUCAUGCAUUGCCAUCUAGAGGUGCACACCACAUGGGGACUUAAGAUGGCGUUCUUGGUAGACAAUGGCAAAGGCCCAAAGGAGUCUCUUCUACCGCCGCCAAGCGACCUUCCAAAAUGUUGAAAUCAGAUCAAGAACGACACUAACUUGAGGGAUAGAAGCUAUACUUUAUUAGGAAACUUGGUCCCGGUGGAAACAUUCUUUGCUCGAAGAGAGCAGAGUGUGUAUAUAUAUAAUUUGAGGGUUUAAGAUCCGAUUUGUUUCUUGAGUGAAUUGGGAGAUUUGCUCAAGCGAGUUUGAAUUAAAUUUUGUGAGCGGUAUAGCUGUUUCAAUUCAAAUGUUAUUUUUUCUUGAAUAAAUAUAUCUAUUGAAGAUUUGAUCACAAAGCCAUUCAUGAUCAAUAAAA